AUGUUCGAAUAUUUGCAGAUCAAACGUGACUUAAUGACCCACGGAAUUUUCGCCUCCCUCAGACAGUCCAGUCACAACGAGCCGCAGCCUGCCCCAUCAAACCACCAGUCCCCCUUGUAUGAUGUCAAUCCUUGGCCCGACCUGUACAAAGGUGGCCCCCGUCCCAAUUCAUAUGCUGAUUCCUUCUACUCUGAACCACUACCACCCCCACCAUUGGAUCAGGCCAACCUCCCUGCAAAUUCAGUCCCAGCGGUCAGCUGGGUACAUGGUCUCUUUGACCAUUUCCCGUCUGAACCACAGCCUGAGGCCAGCUACCAGGAAGUGGGACCCUCCCGCAGCUUUCCGAAUCUCAAUAUCUCACAACGACUCUCAUUCGAUGAUGAGACGGCAUAUACAUGCAUAUCGACUGCCCGCGCCUCCUCACGUCCCAUUCGACAUAAGCCUUAUAAAAAAACUCGGCCCUCGAGGGGUCCUCCACGCCGCAACCCCAACCACUGGGAAAAUGACAUGUUAGAAGCCAUGAGAUGCUCAAUAUUCAACAGGGCGUUUUUGCCCAAGCCGGACCAACUUGUCGAAAUGGCGCAAAAAAGUUUAGAUUUGUCAUCCGGUAACAGCACCCAAUGGUUCGUGACAGCAGAAGGGCAGGUGGGGGUAAUCAAAAUUUCGGAGGUCCUUGAAAAUCUCAGAGAUGAUAUAAAGGAGCUCACGAGGGCUUGGGUGGUUCCGGGAUACCAAAUUCCCCUCUACACCCAGACUGCACCAAUGAUUCAGUUGUUCAUCGAGGAGCUCGUCAAAGAGUAUAGGUAUCUUAAAGGAGCUAUUAACGUGCAGGGAAUGAUGGUUCACCUACCAUUCGGGCACCAAGCAAUCAUAAGUUUUGUCAAGCAUUUAUUGUUUCAUGACCGCCAAUACUGGCGAUACUUAGCCCAACGAAAAAUCUUGGGCCCCUUCUUGCGUACACGAGCACACUCCACACUGGGCAUUGGAUUAAAUGUCUACUGGACGUUCUCUCCCCUCGAAUUUGAUGUCAUUACGAAGCAGUCUACAUACAACAUGUUUGUCCAGCUCUUCGAAACAUUAACUGACGAGGAACGUAAUGCGCUGAACACAUAUCAUGGCAUGGGCUUGAGUAGCUAUAGGAAUGGUAUCUUCACUACUAACAUUGCCACUCAGGAGGGGCGAUCGAAAGUCCAUGUCUACUAG